ACGAUCAGCUGAUCAGCGAUCAUUCGCGCUCCGGACAACGUGACUAUUAUUUUCAUCGCGAUUUAUUAAUACGCUCGAUUGUGUGAUCGGCAAUUUAACGGAAUGAACAUACUUAAUCGACUACCGCGUCUCGCUCGUUUCUCGAGCGUCCUCCGCCGCGAAAAUGUUUCGCGCUUCUCCACAGAGACCGACGAGCCGCCGAUACCCGUGAAUCUGCUCAAAGAUACGUACAGCGCCAGUCAUCAGUCUAACAACGGUGCCAUAUACGACAAGAAGCCGUUCAGAAUACGUCUCGAGGCCGGCAAAAAUUACUCGUGGUGUCUCUGCGGUCAGAGCAAGAGCCAGCCAUUGUGCGAUGGCACACACAAAAAUGUUUUUCUUAAAAUCUCGCACAGACCCAUACGUUUUGCCGUUGCGGAGACCAAGGAGUACUGGCUAUGCAACUGCAAGCAAACGUCAAACAGGCCCUUUUGCGACGGCACGCACAAGAGGCCGGAUAUCCAAGAGAAAAAGCGAUAGAAGAUGUGAAAUUGCAUCCCUGCUAUGAGAGCAUCAUGAAACAGAGUUAUUUUACAUACGAUCACAUGUGCUACAGACACAGAUACGUACACAAAAGAGUGUACAUAAUAUACACGUAUCUAUAUCAUUGUUACAGUGUGCUAUUAUCAUAGAUAUUUUAAUAAAACAUCAUAGGCAUUUACCAAA